CCGCUCGCGCGCUUGCGGUUUUCGCCGUCACCGAGUUGUUGGUGCGCUUGCUUUCGGGCAGAAGUUCGCCGAAUAAACGCUCUAAGUUCAUUGCCCACGUAGUGUCUGUUUCUGUCUGCCGGCGUGCCAGCUAGCUCACGCUCAUCUACGUGACAUUUCGUGGAGGUGCUUAUGCUUCGGACACGCCCCCCGAGCCGGGACACCAGCCCAAGCGCCUCUAGAGCUGGCGACAAGGAAGGCCCCUCCAGAGAACACAAGAAACCUCUAGAUCCUGUCGGCAUCGCCAUCGCACGUCUACGUCAACAAUGGGGCAUGCAGAAACGGUCUUUGCCAGGAGAUGAUCGCCCUCAAAUGACGUCUUCGACAUGCCUCAAGAGUGCCUCAAAGCCCUGUAAAGAACAAAAGCCAAGGCGACAUCUGUGCGGUUCAACGUGCGCCUUUCGUUCAUCAGCGCAUGUGCGGCUUCGGCUCGCAGGGUACCGCGAGAAGGUGGCCUCGGCGGGAACUUCCGGGUGCGACAUUCUCCUGGGGCUGAGGGGUGGCGUGUUCCGGCGCCUCUGUUGGGUCCUAGUCGUCGCGCUCCUGGUGGGCCUGACGCUGCGCGAGUGGAUUCGGGUGUUCGGCGAGUACGACCAGUACAGGGUCUUCACCAGCGUCCAUUACGACACGAAGGCAUCGCUGCCGUUUCCCGACGUGACCGUGUGCAACGUCAACCCCCUCCGGAGGUCCGCGCUCUGCAAGGACCGGUGGCUGGCGCGACGCGAGGCUCUGCCCGACAAAGUGUGGAGGCGCGAGUGUGAGGAGCCGGUCACCUACUACGAGCCCAACCUGGAGGACGCGGCGCUGCAGUCGGAACUGUGGCUGUGGAUGGCGCGCAAGAGGCGCCUCAACCGGAGCACGGUGCGAGCCAUGGGACAUCAGCUGCGCCACAUGCUUGUCGGGUGCCGCCUGGGGAACAGCGACUGCAUGCAGGCACGGUUGUUCCGGAGGCGCCUGGACUCCCGGUACGGCAACUGCUUCUGCCUCAACUGUCAUGGGCAGGAGCAACACAAUGCCUCCAUCUUCAACUACCACACCGUGUCGGCACCGAAUGCUGGAAUGACGCUGACGCUGGACGUACAGCCACAAGAAUACCUGCCUACCAGUACUGCGAUGGGUUUCUUGGUCAUGGUGCACGGACGCGGCUUCAGGGCGGACGCAUGCGGCGACUCGGUCUUCGCCCAGCCUGGUUACAUCACAUACAUCGGUUUAAGACAGGGGAGGCGCACAGCGCUCCCAGAGCCGUAUCAACCUCCAUGCAGAGACACCUGGCCCAGCAGGCUCAAGCACUACCUUCAGAACACCACACGGUACACUCGCGAGGACUGCAUGAAGAUCUGCCACCAAGAGAUGAUUCGGUACAAAUGCAAGUGCGAGUCCCAGAACUUGCCCUUCUCUUCCCGCGAUGACCGUCUGAAGACGCCCGUCUGUGGAGAGAAACACUGGGACUGCGUUCGCCAAGUCCGUGCAGUCAUGGACCUGCCGUAUGUGCAACGAUACUGCCGAUGUUUUCGGUCCUGCAUUGAUAUCGACCACUACAAAGAACUCUCCUUCGCCGCCAUGCCUGAGGAAUUUCAUAGCAACCAAACAACCGUACGAAAACGCUUUUUAGCCCAGGUGGUGGUCUACUACAAGACGCUGACGUUUGAGAGCGUAGCCUCGGUUCCGAAGUAUGACCUGAACCGAGUGCUGAACAGCUUCUGCGGCAUCAAUGGGAUGUGCCUGGGCGUCUCCUUGUUCAUGUUCUUCAGCAUGCUAGAAGCGGUCCUCCAGUCACUGUGGUCGUGCUGCAGAUCGCGCUGUGAUCUUCACCGAAGCCAUCAGACGAGCGCUUCGUCGAGAUUCACGCCCUACCAGAGAUAAUAUAGGAACUUUGUAAAUUCAAAUCUGGGUUGUAAGGCAACUGCAUCCGAGUGAGAAAAACGACUCUAGGUGUAGCCAUGACUUUGUAGACAGACAAUAGAACCUCUAGCGUUCCAAGAACAUGAAUAUCUGCGCAGACAGAAAAAAUGAUGGAAUAAUACGUGUUUUUCCUUUCACAAACCUACUUCCACCUUCUGAAUUACCCGCAGAGAUGGUGCCAAGCCCUUAUAGCUUGUGGGCACAUAUUCACAAGAACGUUCUGACACUAAAACUGUUCUUAAGAGUGGAUGACAACGAGACUUGUACGUAACUAAUUUCAAUUAAUUACUUAUAUUCAAUUAUGUUUUUUCGUAAUGUGAAUUAACGAUCACUUUGUUUGCUCGGUAUUGUUCACAGUAAUUUAAUUACUUUCUUCAAUAACCAAUUACAUCUAACCAGUUAUAUAUUUUGCAAUAACAGCCAUAACAGGGGACGCACCUUUGAGUACUUAAAUUUUGCGGGAACUACAGAACCCAAAAUGAUGAAUACAUGCACAUUGGCUACAUCCUUCCCCCACUCAGCGUAUGCAGCUACACUUUGGUCAUCUGAACAUGGCAGCCUUGCACAUUUUUCUUGGAAGUCCGGCCGCUGAGUUAGUCUGUUAGAAUCACUUUCUAUUUCUCUCGCCCCAGGCAGCUCUUUCAAGCAGCCUUCACCAGCGCUAAAAGGUGCUGUUUAAUUUUUUUUUGCUUGGUGUAGUCUGUGGGUUCUGGGAUGUAGGCUAAAGCUUUCGACCAUUAAACGCGUAUGUUUCUAUCUGUUUGAUACAUGCGCGACUCAUACAAACCUAUAUUUUAUUAUAAUAAACGAACACAUUUAUUAAGGCUGAAUAACAUGCUGCUUUAUGUUAAAAUGCAAUGUGUAGAUUAGGUUACCUUUUCAAGAAACAUGAGCGUUUGCUGGCGUCGGUUACAAUUGAUCGCUUAAGUCUAAAUGGCUAACGAGUGAAGGGCAUGCGGUGGAGGCUCGGCAGAUGUUGGCCGAAAAAUUCAAACGGCGCUGCUAUGCCUCGAAAGCAAUGACAACUUCAGACGUUGAUGCCCGGGAAUCUCCUAUGCACGAUUUUUCAGUUUUUUUUUCGACUGCCCUUACCCAAAGCGCUUUCCCAAACGAAGUGCUUUCCAAUAAGUGAAAAUCAAGCGCUUUCCCAACAACGAAGUGCCACGCUUUACAGAAGACCCAGACCCGAACACGAUGACCAUGAGUAACCAUGUUGCGAGCAAGGUGUUCGUACUUUGCAACAUCGCCCAUCUCUCCAGCGCACACAUCGAGCAGUUUUUCACAGUUUUGCUGCAGACGUCUU